CGCUCUCUCUGUUGUUUGGUAGUGACGCUGGUUUAACACAAACUGUUAUAAAUGUAGUUUUAAUAAUACAGUUUCUGAAUCAGGUCAGUAGGCUAAGAACCUGUAGUUUUGUCAUUUUCAUAGUCGUGACUAAGUUUUGAAGCAAGCAGGAAUAUCUGGAGGAGAAUCAGCUGAACUGAGAUCUGCUGCUGUGAAGAUGGUGUUUGUUAAAGAGGAGAGUGAGGAGAACAUGAGUGAACCACAACCCUGGAGAAUAAAACAAGAGGAACCAGAAACCUGGAAAAUAAAACAGGAAGAACAAGAAACCUGGAAAAUAAAACAGGAAGAACAAGAAACCGUGAGGAUAAAGCAGGAGGAACAAGGAGAGUUGAUGGAAGAAAACAAGGACAAUCAAGAACUGAGUGAAUAUGAGGAGAAAAAUGUCAAAAGUAGAGAAGAACUUUUGAGCAGCACUCAAACCAAACAGAAAGAUCUAAAGAAAAGAAGAGCCAUGAAAUCUUUCACCUGCACUCAGUGUGGAAAGAGAUUGACAACCAAAUAUGGUCUUGAUGUUCACAUGAGGAUUCAUACUGGAGAGAAACCGUACACAUGUGAGCAAUGCGGAAAGAGUUUUCUACAGUCAAUAAACCUUAAAGACCACAUGAACAUCCACACUGGAGAAAAAAAAUACAAGUGUUCACACUGUGACAAGAGAUUCAGUCUGUCAGGACAUCUGAAAAGACAUGAGAAGAUCCAUACUGGAGAGAAACUGUACACGUGUGAUCAGUGUGGGAAGAGUUUUGCACUAAAAGGACACCUUACAGAGCAUAUCAGAGUUCAUACUGGAGAGAAGCCAUACACUUGUGAUCAAUGUGGGAAGAGUUUUACACAAUCAUCAACCUUUAGAGGACACAUGAACAUCCACACUGGAGAGAAGGUUUAUGCCUGUGAUCAAUGCAGCAAAACAUUUUUGUGGGCUUCAGACCUCAAGAGACACCUGAAAGUUCAUACAAAAGAGAAGCCACAUUCAUGUUAUUUGUGUGGAAAGAGUUUUUCAUGUCUUCGACAUUUAAAAGUACAUCUGAAAAUACACACUGGUAUGAGAGAGUACAUGUGCUUUGAGUGUGAAAAGACUUUUUCUUCAGCAAGCAGUUUAAAAGUGCAUGUGAUGAUUCACACAGGAGAGAAACCUUAUCAGUGUUCACACUGCGAGAAAAGAUUCAGUCAUCCAACGAAUCUGAAUACACAUGAGAGGAUUCACACUGGAGAGAAACCGUACACAUGUGAUCAAUGCGGGAAAAGUUUCACACAAAAAGCUAUCCUUAUGAGACAUAUGAACGUUCAUACAGCAGAGAAACUGUACAUGUGUAAUCAAUGUGGAAAGAGUUUGAAAUGCAAAUAUAGUUUUCAGCUUCACAUGAGAAUUCAUACUGGAGAGAAACUGUUCACUUGUGAUCAGUGCGGGAAGAGUUUCACACAAUCAGUCCAUCUUAAGGGUCACAUGAACAUCCACACUAGAGAGAAACUGUACUCAUGUAAUCAGUGCGAUAAAACAUUUUUGAGGGCUUCAGCCCUGAAGAGACACCUGAGAGUUCAUACUAAGUAGAAGCCACAUUCAUGUCAUUUUUGUGGAAAGAGUUUUUCACAUUUUUCAAUUUUGGAAGAACAUAAAAAAUACAUACUGGUGUCAGAGAGUACAUGUGCUUUGAGUGUGACAAGACUUCAACUGAACAUAUGAAACAGCACCAGAGGAUUCACACUAGAAAGAAACCUUAUAAGUGUUCACACUGUAACAAGAGAUUCAGUCAGUCAGCAAGUCAGAAAAGACAUGAGAGGAUCCACACUGGAGAGAAACCAGGUCACUGCACUGCAUGUGGGAAGCGUUUGAAUCAUUCAACAUCUCAACACACUCAUACAAAAGUAGAUCAUCUUCAGAUCCAAUACUUUCAGGUCUGAUGCUGUGUCUUUAUCAAGCAAUAAAAUAUCAUCAGGAUAAAUCUGACCUAACCUGGCAUUACAAGUGACAUGGAGACACCAUUUGGAGUUCCUCCCUAAAAGAACAAUGUCAAAAUGUUUUUUCUUUGUGUAUAAUUUUACUUUGCAUCAUUUUAUUUCUGUAAAUGUUCUGUUUUAGAUAUGUGAUUACUAUUAAAUGCAUCAUGCAUUGAAUGCACCUUGUACUGAAAUUAUAUCUGAUCAAAUGCACAUUAUCAUUUUUUUUUCUUGAUCGGAACAGCAGCUUCACUAUUUUUCUCUACUCGCUUGUCUGGUUCUGCCAAAAGAUGGGCAUCCUGUUGUAGGAAUCACACAGCUUCAGUCUGGGUCCAGCCCUUUUGAAGACCUUGCUGUUGAUAAUGUUCAGCCUUUGUUUGAAUACAUCAUUAACUAACUGCAUGAUUUUACUGUACAUUUCUGCCAUAUGGAAUCACCAUGACAUAGUUACAACUGAUAUAUAAUAUGAUAUAUACUCCUAAAUAUAAUGUAGAAACUUACAUUUUCUGUGAAGCUGCUUUGCAACGGUGUAUUGUGAAAUGUGCUAUUUAAAUAAUCAUUAAUUUAAUUGAAUAUUAUAAAUCAGUUAUAUGUCCCUGGAGCAUUCAGUGAAUUGGGCACAUUGAUCUACCAGAUGUAAAACUUUUUUUUUUUUUUUUGACAGUAUUAAUCAAGCCUGUUGCCAAAAGUUAAGAAAAAUAACUUCUGAUUAACUGUUAAUGAAACUUGAAAAUUUGACAUUAG